AUGGAUAAGUCGUGGAUGAAGGCUGAUAGAAGAUCACUACAGUUUCGGUUAGGACUUGAAGAAUUUCUGAAAUUUGCAUCGGAUAAUGCAAGGGACAUAAAUAAAAUAUGUUGCCCUUGCUUGAAGUGCCAUAACACUGAUUUUGGUGGUAUAGGGCACCAGUUUGUUGCUGAUAGGCUUUUAGCUACCUUCCAGGAAAUACGUGAAGCCCAAAUUGCAAAGCAAAAGGAGAAUAAAUAUCCUCAUCGUAUGUCACGCAAAGGUUAUGCAAAUUUAAUGGAAGAACUGUCUGAAAGUGUCCCUUUACAAGAACUUGAUAGAGCUACAAUGUGGAUCAAGGCUCGGCAAGAUAGGAAUGGCAACUUCAAACAACCUGAGGUAGAGAAGAAAGCCGAAAAAAUUGAACAUUUAAGGAAAAGGGAGGCUGAAGGGGAAAUUGCCACAUCUGGGUCUGAUGAUGUGCUCACUCUUGCAUUGGGGAAUCCGGAGCAUAGAGGUAGGGUUAGAGGUGUUGGUGGCAAUGUCAAGCCCGAUUUAUAUUUCAACUUGCCAAAACGGCAAAAGAUGACUUUUGAACAGAGGACUAGGUUAUCGCUGAAGAAGAUACUAGAGGAGGAGAAGGAAGUUUUGUUAGCUAAGGAAAGAACUGCAUGGGAGGAGGAGAGGGAUAGAAAACUUGCUGAGGAGAGAGCUUAUUGGACUGAGAGGAUUGAGAAGCUAGAAGCGAAGGUCGAUGGGAAGGAGCUGCCUGUUGAGUCCCCCAAACCUGUCACAGCAGUUAAUGAGCUUGGUUCAGGACAAGGGAGUUGUUCUCGCCAUGGGGAGAAGGCUGCGGAGAAGGCUGCACAUGAUAAUAUUGAAGCUGAGGUGAAGGGUGUGAAGAAGAAGUUGGUUUUAAGAGAUGAAGUGAGCAUCGAGGUUGAAGAGGAAAUUGUGCAGCCAAGUGAUGAGAGGGUACGGUUAAACCCAAUAUUGGAAGAGGAGGUUAGAGAAGAUGUCAUUGUACUAGAGGCCCCAGUACAUGGUGAAGAGGAACAAUUAGGUGAGAUCAAGUAUAAACUGGCCAUUGACACGGUGGAAAACAUUGUGGCUAUUGGAACUGUCAUUAGUGUCGACCUUGAGACCAAAUAG